AUGCCUCACCUCUUCCCAUUCGCCAGCCAUGGCAGCGGCGAGCAUAAUACCACUACCACUGUACAAGAGAUGGAGCAGGAUCGACCACAUAAGGUGCAUCGACGAGCACCUUCCCUAUUGAGAGGUCUGGGUGGACUGCUCAAGAGGCAUCAUGACCAUGAUCUUCCUCGGGACAUUGUUGAAGCGCCGCAGACUGCUCCUACUGAGGUAGCAUCUACCGGAGACUACUUCGGACCUACUCGGAGACGUAGUUCAGAAGAGGUUGUCGCGGCUUCGAAGCGAGCCAUACCAUCUCUACCUCGACCACAGACGUUCCGUAGGCAGGAGUCUGAGAAGAGAGAGAAGCUUCAGCUCAACGAACCCAGUCCGACUGAGAAGCGUACUUUAAGCGUCGAUCGACGACGUGGUCUCAGUGCAAGUGCUGCCAGGAGACCAAGCUCGCCGAUUGUUCCUUUUCCGUCCUUCUCCAUUUCAAGCAUUGAUCCGACGAAUCAACCUCCACCAACGCAAUUGGAACUACAAUCGUCAAGUAACGGAUUGCGGUCGACACGAGGUCCACCUGAGGGCCUGCCGCCGCUACAGAUACCAGAUCAGCCUCAAUUCAACUCUGAUGUCUUCAUGGAGGAUGACCAACCCGAAGAUGAUCAGCGUUCUAUACGUGACGAAUACGAGAGAAGCUGGAUUCUCAAUCUCAGUAUGCACUUCCGCGACAAGUCGAAUCGUGAGAAGUUCUUCGUCACGUACGCUGAGAAGCCAAACAAAUGGCGUCGCAUAACACUAUCUUUGGACUACCGCGAUGCUCCUGAUGGUUCACUGGAAGCCGACAUCAGCACACUUCAUUACCAGCGUGACAAGAGCUUCCGCAUUUACGAGGCUAUCCGGGAGUCAUUACCUGAAAUCCAAUACUACGAUACCGUCACGAACCUCAAACUCGAAACGACACGAGACGACUGUCAACUACAUGUCCAUGUUCGUGAGGAUGCCAAUGAAAUCAUUCAAUACCCUGCUCUCUCACUCUUCUCGCACGUAAUCACACCUCUCUAUCGCGAGGGCCAGCUGGAAUUCAUCUCCCACCUCUCCGGCUUCGUGUACAAAGUCCUCGCUGAUGGCAUGGUGGUCAUCAAAAAGGAGAUUCCUGGUCCCGACACAGUCGACGAGUUCUUGUACGAGGUCAACGCUCUUGACGCACUUGUCGACUGCCCGAACGUCGUGCAGCUUCAAGGUCUCGUCACUGAUGAGUCUGGCUCCGUGGUCAAGGGUUUGCUUAUCGGUUAUGCAUCGCAAGGUGCAUUGGUAGAUAUGCUCUACGACUUUCGCGGCACGUCUGAGCUUCCGUGGUACAGACGGGAGAAAUGGGCGAAGCAGAUCCUGCAAGGCUUGACUGAGGUCCAUGAAGCUGGGUUCGUGCAAGGGGAUUUUACUUUGUCGAACAUUGUCAUUGAUGCCGACGAUAAUGCUCUUAUCAUCGACAUCAACCGACGAGGAUGUCCUGUUGGCUGGGAGCCACCGGAGUUGAGUCGUCUGAUCGAGAGCGGGCAGCGGAUCGGAAUGCACAUUGGUGUCAAAACUGAUCUGUUCCAGCUUGGAAUGGUACUUUGGGCGUUGGCGGAGGAGAUUGACGAGCCAGAGCGCGUCAGGAGGCCUUUACCGGCUGUUAAUCUUGACGUUCCGGACUACGUCCAGCAGAUCAUCGAUAUCUGCUUGAGUGGUCGACCACGAGAUCGCGCCGAGGCGAAGGAACUUCUUCGACUGUUCCCGGCCUUAGCAGGCGGAGCGCCGUCCCGUGCGGGGAGGUCAGUGGACUUCGGACAACAUAAGCAAGCUAUCAACGACAGCGUCUCAACCCAUCGCUCGGACAAGGAGUACAUUGACCCUGAUAUGGCAGUGACACUGGACGAGGUCCGCAGACCACGACCUGAGCAUAGUCGGGCUUCGGACUUCACCUCUGCAGUCACUUAUGUUGACCCGGACUCCAACCCGGCCUCGAGCUAUAGAUUCACAAGUACGGGUUCGUGGGUGGAUGUCGAACAUCGCCGAGGUCGAUCGCCUGUCUCAAGCCGAAGGCGCAGGAGUUCACCGUACGGCCGCUCUGCUAGUAGCGCGACUUCUGUGUCGGUAUCGUCUGAGACGUUUGAAAGGGUGCGUGAUGUGCCUGGCCGUGAGCAUAGGGAUGGUGGGGAAAGGUGUAGGGUAGAGGAGAUUGGCGACGAGACGCUGAGGUCUGAGUACCCACCUGCCAUCGACGACGAUGACUGUCUUCCGCCUUUGCCGCCCAGCUCGACUGACUUGCUCUCCGAGGUUCGCAUUGCACAUCAGCAGGAGCUAAUGCGGAACAAGCAGCUCGAACUCAUGCACCAGCAGGAAGAGGCAUCCCAGAUCCCACUUCUGCACACUGACUCCGGCUUUGAUGAGACAAUGAUUGAUGAGCUUGAAGUCCAGCCUGGGCCUGCUACGAAUAGUUACGACACCAAUCGCCACAACAUCGGCUGUACGCUUCUGACCGGGAAGGUCAUGGAUGUUGUUCAAGCGCGCGAGCAUGCUGGAUCAGCAACAGAACCCAAGGAUAUGAGACACGGUGAGCUCGAGGAUGAGCAAAAGUUAUGA